GCAGCCCUGGGAAAGAGAAAUAAACAUGUGAGGGAAGGAAGAAGGACAGGGAGCAGAAGAAGGUUCUGAGAAGUUGCUAACGGCUGUGAAGAGAGUCCAGAAGCCAGACCUUGGUGUGGACCUGGUAGAGGAAAGCUGAGCUCUCCCAGAAUGGCUAGCUUGGCUUCAUGAAGGAUAUCUUGGGAGAGGAUUUCAUAACCUGAAAAGAACUGUGCAGAUUGCAGUCUGGGUGUUACGGGAUUUCAUAGCUUGGACAAUCCAUCUUUCUGGGAGACUUGUACUCAUUGUACUUGCAUCAUUUUGUUCCUCAGUUCUCUUCUGUCAGCUCACCAAAGCAAAAACCUCAAGCCUUGUUGGCCAGCAAAGUCUUUUAAGAACUUGUGGUGUGGGAGAUAUAAAACAAUUCUACUCUCUCAAAGUGGACUUUAAGACAGUGCUUCUUUGGACUCCUGAGAAUAUGUCAGCAUUGCUGCAAGCCACGGAUGGGAACGCCGAAGGGAUACAGCCAAGAGCUUUGGCAGGGACACCCAGUACUGAGAGUGGAGGAGAGACAGGUGAGAUUUCUCAGUGCAAAUCUUCUGACUCCAGCUGUGAGGAUGAAGCAAACCUGGGGAAAAAGAAACCACGUAGGCAGAGGACUCAUUUCACCAGCCAGCAGCUACAGGAACUGGAAGCCAUGUUCCAGCGGAAUCGCUAUCCAGACAUGAGCACCAGGGAGGAGAUUGCAGGCUGGACCAACUUGACUGAGCCCAGAAUCAGGGUUUGGUUUAAAAAUCGCAGAGCCAAGUGGCGGAAAAAGGAGCGGCAUCAGCAGACAGAACUAUGCAAAGGGGCUUUUGGCUCACCACUCAAUGCCCUGACUGGAAACUCUUAUGAGGAUCUCUACCCAAGCUAUACCUACAAUAACUGGCCCCCGAAAGGGCUGCACAACACUACCCCCAUUCACAGCAAAGGAUUCCAGAUCUUCAACUCUAUGAAUCUCAAUUCCUUUCCAAGCCCCACUGUCUUCUCUGCCGCUGCAGCAGCAUCCAUGUCUGGUGUGCCAUCUCUGGAAACCUUUAAUAACCUGGCGAGCCCUUCUGGGCCUCCCAGUUCAACAUAUGGACCAGGUGUUCCUUCACCAUACAUGUACAGGGAUCCCUGCAACCCAAACCUAACUGGCCUGAGACUCAGAGCAAAGCAGACACAGCCUUCUCUAGGCUAUGGAGUCCCACAAAGUCCAAUUAUAAGCCCCAGCUCCUCCAACCACUAUAAUCUGGACAGGCCAGUGUGAUAUUGUGGCCAGAAGCAUAAAUGGAUUUUUGUCUACAUAGAACUCUUGCAGACAGCUCUUGAAGACAAGUUUGCCAAUGGAAGCCCUUUGUGGAGAGUGAAUAGGAUUCACCAGGGGUGGACAGCAGACUUCCUUUGGCCUGUGCUAUUUGGAGGAUUUAUAACUUCCCUCUAAAUUGCCUUCGCACAUAAACCUUUCAGUAAGCUGGUGCUUUCUCUAAAGCCUCAGAAUAUGGGUAUGGCUGAAGCCCACAAAAAGCCAAUGUAAUCUGGAUUUAAUUCAAAUUACAUUAGUUUGAGAUGUCCUAAGUGUUUCUGUUUCUUUAGCUGGGGGCCAUUAAAAAUGGUGAGACAGGAAGUCAGGUGUCAAUUGUCUGAAGGCUAAAAAAAGCCCAUU